UCGUCGGGGGACUUGGAGAACGACGAGCGAGCAGCCACCGUCCUGGAGCUGGUGGCCAGGGCCAGCAGGCUGCAGGUCCAGUGCGGCCACGAGCCGCCCUUCAAGCACCUCUCAGUGGUGUUGGGGGAACACUUGCUCCUCGUCACUGUCUCGGGACAGAAGCUCUUUGUGGUGAAGCGCCAGAACCACGUCCAGGAGCCUGACACUGUCUGA